AUGGAAUUCCUUUCUUCUAGUUUAACACAGGAACAAGUUCAUCAUCAGUUUAUGAUGAAUUCUAACCAAACGAAGCUUAAUGACACAUUAACAACACUUUCAACUGAGGUCGUUGGUUCGCGAACUGGAGAACUUAUCAUUGGGGUUAUUGUUUAUUCGAUCAUCAUCAUCUUGAGCAUUAUCGGAAAUGUCAUUGUUGUCAUUGCCAUUCUUCGAGUUCAACGAUUGCGUAAUCCACCUAACUUCAUACUUAUGUCGCUCGCGAUAGCUGAUUUAUUAGUGACCACGACAGUCAUGUUGCCAGGCUUUCUCUAUGAAAUUAAGAAAAAGUGGAUCUUUGGCCGAGUGAUUUGUAAGAUUUGGCUGGCGAAUGACAUUACCUUUUGUACAGCUUCAAUUCUACAUCUUGUUGCUGUUAGUUUCGACCGUUAUGUCGCCGUUGAAAACCCGCUUAAGUACAAACAAAAAAUGACUAAACGAACGAUAUUUAUCAUUAUCGGCUUUAUAUGGUUGAUAAGCGUAUUACUUUCUUACGCGCCCGUUCUAUUAGGUCUUUAUAGCAAAUCUCGAACCGACGGAGGUUUAUCGAAUCCUGAUGAAUGCGAUAUGAGACCAAAUUUAAUCUAUUCGAUCAUUUCGGCGUCGACGUCGUUCUAUGUCCCAUUAAUUAUUAUUCUCUGCCUUUAUGGACGGAUAUUCAUCACUGCACGGCAACAUUCAAUGGAACUGCAAAAACUUGAGAAUAUCAUCAAGCGUUUGCAUAGUGAUCAGAAAUUUGUGAUCGAAAGAGCGAAAUGGAAAAAAAACAUGAAGGCAAUACGAACGUUAGGUAUUGUCGUCGGCGUUUUUGUUGCGUGCUGGUUACCCUUCUUUAUUAUGUACCUUCUAUUAGCAUAUUGUGAUUAUAAAUGUGUUCCAGCACUUGUCGAACGCUAUAUAACUUGGAUCGGUUAUGUAAACUCAUUUUGUAACCCAAUGAUUUAUGCAUUUUCAAAUCGAGAAUUUCGUCAUGCUUUCGUUGAAAUUCUCAAUUAUCACAAUUGCGGUUGUUUUCCGUGCUUAAGUAGUAUUCAUACAUCUAUAAGUAAAUCGACUCAUUCAAUGAAUAUGAGAAGCAGUACACCACCGAAUCAUUCUCGACAAACAAGUGUAACACCACAUUCGAAUUCUUUUCAACGUAAUGGUCAUCUAUCGUGUACUUCGUCCUCCUUGUGUACGUCGAUUCCAAAGAAAACUGCCGUUGUUCCCAUAAACGAUCCGAUCGAUGGAAUAGAGAUACAAGAGAUUACACAUCAACGUCAAACAAUCGAAGCCUUUCAUGAACUGGAACAUUUGGUACCGAAUCGUUUGCUGGGUCGUGCAUCCAUCGUUCGAAUGAGUUCCCUUAUUCAAGAUCAAGAGGGCCUAUUCAGUGAAUCAUCAACACCUACGUAG